ACUAAAUCCAAGCACUGUCAUUUUAGUAAUAAUUCUAAUCAAGUUCUUUCGUAAAACAAUUUCCUUCUGUACACCACGUGUGUAAUUUAUUUAUAUUAAAAGGAGGUGAAAAUAUAAUAGCAAAAAUGGUUGCCCAAAAGAAACAGAAAAAGGCUAUGGAAAGCAUUAACAGCCGACUUGCUUUGGUUAUGAAAUCCGGAAAAUAUUGUUUAGGAUACAAACAGACCUUAAAGACUUUACGUCAAGGCAAAGCAAAAUUAAUCAUUAUUGCAAACAACACACCACCACUAAGAAAAUCAGAAAUUGAAUAUUAUGCCAUGUUAGCAAAAACAGGUGUCCAUCAUUAUACUGGUAACAAUAUUGAAUUAGGUACAGCUUGUGGUAAAUAUUUCCGAGUAUGUACAAUGUCCAUCACAGAUCCAGGUGAUUCUGAUAUCAUCAGAACAAUGCCCACAGGUGAUGGCGGUGUACAACAAUAAAUUAUAAUUUUAAGAAUCUUUAUUGUGUAAUACGUUUUCAUAAAUAAAAUUUUUAGAAUUAUAAGGUA